CCUAUCUACGUAAUAAACUGUUAUAAUUUUUCGCAACAAUAGACGGAAGCCGUAUGUCUGUGCUUCCUUCUCAACUAUUUCUGCAAAUUCACCAUAAAGUGGCGCCAAUCCAACUAAAGUUAUCGCGGAAUACACAUGGCUGCAUAAUAAAAUCAUAUUCAAAAUUCGAACAUUAGUCACGUUGAAAAACUUUUCGAAAAAUUGAAUUUUAUCAUAUUGAAUUUCAAUAUUUUAUCUUAUUCAGAGUGAAACGUGAUUUAAACUACUAAAAUACUACAAUAAAAUAAAAAUUAUUAAUUAAUUUGUUUAUAAAUUAAAUAUUAUUAACUUUUCGUUCAGAAACGUUAAAAAACGAAGAAAUAAAGUUCGUUUCGGAAUUUGAAAAUCAUGUUACGGCUUUCCUUAAAGUUUUUAGUAGUUAGUGGUGUAUUGGGUUUUGUAUCAAACGAAGUUUUGAAAACUGAAUCGAGGCAACCAAAAAUAUUUACUUUUAACGCAGAUUCUGAAGAUGUUGAGGUUGGAUUCGACUUUUCAAUACCAUUUUUAAAAAUACCUAUCAAGAAAACACUCAAUGCAGUGGGGCAAUUUGGUUUUCCAGGCAUAGGUUGGCCAAAAAUCAAUAUAGACCCAUCGGCGUUAAUACUUGGAGGCUUCUUGAUAGUGACGACGAGUAUUUUCGCUCCGUUGCUGCAUAAAGCCACGACCCUGCAUCAUUUGGACCGGUCUUCAAGAAAAGCCUUCGAAAACGAAACCGAUCCUAAUUUGUACAUAGCUGAAAAGUUAUUAUCGAAAAGCCGAGGAUGUCCUGAAAGAAUAGCCUGUUGGUCCACUCAAAGAACUAAAAAUCCUGAAGUGAUAAAAGCGUUGAAGCACAUUAUGAGGAACAAACUUCUGUCGUCAAUGGUCAAUACGACUGCUCUCGAAAUAGCAACAGCUAAGGGACGUAGUGGUCAAAACUGCGAACUUUACAUUCCAUGUCCAAUAGAAGAAAAGAAUUUACCUAAAAUAAUCGACAGUUUGACGGUCUUAACUAAUUUUAAGACACGUGGAUAGAGUUGAAUAUCUCUCUUCUAAUUUGUAUUAAAAGUGAUUGUAUAAAACAAAAUAUUUCAACAAAGUUUUUAAUCUUUUCUUG